UGCAGGCUGCCAUUAGCAACUAAACUUAUUUGCGAUUUUAAAAUGAUCGAUUCAAGGAUAUCUGGUGUAUUAGAAUCAAUUGUUAGUACCAUGAUUGUCUCUUCGAAUGUUUUAUUUACGUAAUGAUCGCCAUUUGUUAAUUUACUAUAAUGGGGGAUCCUGUUUUCUGCAAACAAUGCCUGCAGUAUCGCGGUCAGCCUUGAAUUUCCGUGGCUUCAAGAAAGAGGGCAGUCGUUCUGCCCUUGGGUAACGGGUGUAAAAUGCCUAGCUAGUUAGCAGUGCACGCUAUUAGCGUUUCAUUCGGUGAUGUCAUUCCCUCUGAGACCUUGAAGUAGUUGUCUCCCUUUCUCUGCGAGGGCUGCGGCUUUUGUGGAGCGAUAGGCAACACAGGAGGAACUGAAGGGGUCAUACAGGCGACUGUGCAUGCUCUACCACCCAGACAAGCACAGAGACCCUGAAUUGAAAAGGCAGGCGGAACAGCUCUUUAACCUAGUGCAUCAAGCUUAUGAGGUCCUUAGUGACCCACAGUCACGAGCUAUCUAUGACAUCUAUGGCAAGAGAGGACUGGAUGUUGAUGGAUGGGAGGUGGUGGAGAGAAAAAGAACUCCAGUAGAGAUCCGAGAGGAGUUUGAGCGUCUGCAGAGAGAGAGGGAGGAGCGACGGCUACAGCAGAGGACCAAUCCCAAGGGGGUGAUCAGUGUGGGUGUAGAUGCCACAGACCUCUUUGAUCGCUAUGAGGAGGAUUACGAGGAUGUGCCUGGAGGGGGCUUCCCACAUGUUGAGAUCAACAAGAUGCACAUAUCACAAUCUAUAGAGGCCCCCCUCACCACCUCAGACACAGCUGUUCUCUCUGGCUCCCUCUCAACCCACAAUGGAAACGGAGGAGGAAACAUUAACGUGGCACUGCGGAGAGUCACCUCUGCUAAGGGCUGGGGGGAGGUGGAGUUUGGGGCAGGAGACACACACGGGCCCCUCGUAGGUAUGAAGAUAUUCCGCAACCUCACAGCUCGCUGCUUUGUGACUGCUCAGUGUGGACUCAAUUUCUCGUCCCGGGGCGUGCGGCCUAGUUGCACCACGAUGCUGGCUCGGCACCUGGACAAGAACACCAUGGGCUACCUGCAGUGGCGCUGGGGCACCCAGUCCUCCAUGAACACCAGCAUCGUCAGGGACACGAAGACCAGCCACUUCACCUUGGCCAUGCAGCUUGGGAUCCCUCACUCCUUCAUGAUGAUGAGCUACCAGUACAAGUUCCAGGACGAGGACCAGACCAAAGUCAAGGGCUCAAUCAAAGCUGGCUUUUUUGGGACGGUGGUGGAGUAUGGUGCAGAGAGAAAGAUCAGUCGGCACAGUGUCUUGGGGGCGACCGUCAGUGUAGGAGUACCUCAGGGCAUCUCCCUCAAGAUAAAGCUGAACCGAGCCAGCCAGACAUAUUUCUUCCCCAUCCAUCUGACUGACCAGCUCCUGCCCAGUGCAGUGUUCUACGCCACAGUUGGACCACUCGUCUUCUACCUCGCUAUUCAGAGACUCGUCAUCAGGCCCUACGUGCGUGCCCAGAAGGAACAGGACCUGGAGAAGCACCGGGAGAGUUCGGCCUCGGACAUUGCUAGGAAGAGGCAGGAGGCAGAGUCUGCUGUUUUGCUAAUGCAGGAAUCUGUGCGCAGGAUCAUUGAAACUGAGGAAUCUAAAAUGGGUCUCAUCAUCCUCAACGCCUGGUACGGCAAGUUUGUGACAGACAACAGUCAGAGGCAUGAGAGGGCAAAGGUCAUCGAUGUGACUGUUCCGCUGCAGUGCCUGGUGAAGGACUCCAAACUCAUCCUCACAGAGGCCACAAAGUCAGGACUACCUGGGUUCUAUGACCCCUGUGUGGGGGAGGAGAAGAGUCUGAAGGUACUGUAUCAGUUCCAGGGAGUGAUGCAUCAAGUCCUCUCUCCUGAAGGGGAAGCACUCAGGAUUCCAAAACAAUCUCACAGGAUUGAUGCCGACACAUAGGAACCUCUUUUCUGGACCGAAUGGGACAUAACACAACGUUAAACUGAUAGUUUGACAAUGGAUGGACAGACUUGUAUUGUAGAGACACCGAUUUACCCCUUGUGUCCUAAAAAGAAGUCCUGCAUAUCCCCUCUUUAUGUUGUCCAUAGGAGGAGAAAUGGCAGAAACGUACUCAACAGGGUGUUGCCCUAUUGAAUGAAAUUCAGUCUAAAGUCACUCAAAAUGGGAUGGUCGUAAUCUCAAAGUUCUGCCCUUUCAGGUAUGGCUUGUAAUGGAUGACUCAGUACUGUAUGGACACUGCAGUGCCUAUGUGACCCUCUUGAAUGUAUUAGUGCACCUCUGUAUAUUUGCCAUAUUAUUAAAAUCUCUUUUCCAAGCUGCAAUAGCCCAUUUUGGAAAUUGAGCUGGAAACAA